UCUGCAACUAAGAGGUAUGUAUAAGCAACAUUUUCAUCACUGUCUGUAUAAUAACUAUUUCGUAUUGCUUGUAUUUCGUAUUGAGAACGGAACAGAAUUUUAUCGGUCGCGAGAGGGAGAGCAGAGAGAGCGCACGCUAAGAGAGAGUGGAGAAGCUGAAAGCGCGAGAGUGGGAGUGGAAAUGUACUCUGACAAUGACGACUCGCACGAAAAUUCCAAUGGAUCGCAGCGCAUCCGGAAUGUGUUGACUCUGGAGGAGCGGGUGGCCGCCAUCCGACAGUACGACAUUGUGCCCAUGUACAGUAAGAUUGCGAGGAACUUCAACUGCAGCUGGGAGCAAAUCAAGAGCAUAGUGUCCAAUCGGGAGGCCAUCCUGGAGUUCCACGAGGCCACCAAUCGGCUGAGCCAGCCGGCCAACAAGGAUGCCGAGCUGCGCCGGCGCAAGCUGAACUUUCUGGGCCACUGCCUGUACGAGUACAUCCAGCGGGCCCAGUUUUACCUCCACAGCGAUGUCAACGAGGAGAUGAUCCGCAACCGUGCGAUCGAGUUCCGGGACCUCAUGCGACUCGAAGGUUUUGUGCCGAACAAACCGUGGAUUAAUCACUUCAAGGCCGCCUAUAACAUAACCCUGUCGAAUCGCCAGAUCACGAUAACCCGCCGACCUCCACGAUCCAUGGACCUGAGGGAUAUAAUGUCGUACUGUGGACGCCACACCUCGAUGGCUUGCAGCUUAGCGCCCAGAUCGCCGGAACCUACUCUCACAAACAGCGACCAAAGAGCCAUCGAUCGACCGCUUUAUCGCACCAAGACAUUGGUCACCACCUCCUCCCAAAAUCAAGCCACCUCGGAUGAAGUGCACCUGCGUCGCAAGCGGAAGAUAGCGUUCCUGGAGAAGUGCGUCUAUGAGUACAUCCAGCGAUCACAGUUGGUUCGCCAGGGUCGGCUCGACCUGGACAAUUUGCGCUCUGUGGCCAUUAGCUUGAGGGACAUUCUGAAGAUCGACUCCUUCUUUCCCGACAAAGUGUGGUUCAAGCACUUCAAGAGUCGCUAUAACUUCACUUUUUCGGUGGGAGUUCAGGUGACCAAUCGCCGCGUGCCGCUUUCCCUCGACCUCCGGGAUAUAGUGAGUUAUUGCGGCCGGAAUGAACACAAGAUCACUCUGGCCCACAAGAAGUCGCAGGCGGAACUGGAAUCUGGCUUGGUCCAUUUCCCACAGGUGGAACCAAAACCCGAAGAAUUGGAGCCUGAAGACGACGAUGAUUGCGUGGCCAUUGAGGUGCCACCUGAGCUCAUAGAGAUAAAGGAUGAUGACGAUAAUGAGGAUGAGCAUGAUGAGGACUUGCCAGCAAGGGCAACUAAACGAAAAUCAGAUGAGAACGGCGGUCCAACGCCCUGUGGCUUGAAGAUUCAGAAGAUUCAAUCGCUCAGCGAGGCAUUGCCUGAGGAUACGGAGCUACUGCCAGCCAAUAGUCCCGGUCAUUAUUCAGAGACCAGCGAUGAGGCGCAUCUGCCGCGUUGCGUGGAAAGCUACAAGGACGCACUGCGUCUACUGAAGCCCCUGGAGGAAUUCGCCCUGAUGGAGGAGAACUAUCGAGCCAUUGGACUGCUCACGCAGCUGGAGAAGAUCUUUGAGACCGCUGCGAAAAAGAAUGAAGAAAAGGACAAAUCUUUAGAAUAGCAACCCAACCAAAAACGUGUGCCUUAGGUUAUAAUUAUAUGUAGGUCUUUGAAUACCCUCUGCAGGGCAUAAGGUAGCCUCUAUGAAAACGGAGUUCUAAUUUACUAAAAAUGUUGAGUUAACUAUAAACAAGCAAGCUAAUCUAAGAAUGCUUGCAAAAAUCGUGCAAGUUUGAAACACAAAUAUAAAAUGAAUAUGAAAUGAAU